AAUUGAAUAAAUGUUAAGAACAUGAAGUGUGAACUAAUAAAAACAUCUUACAGUUCCAGAAUUUACCAGGCACUACGAAGAACUUGCAUCAGUUUUCCCAGAAGCAUCAGAAAAAGAUUACAUUUUGGAACUACUUAAAGAAAUCAUUGAUAAAGGGUCAGAGAGGACUGAUGUCUGUCCCAGCAUGUCAGAUCGUAGACAUGACGCACCCUUCAUAGACAACCAGUCUGUUACAGCUUCAAAUACUCACGGUGUUGAAUUCCCCUUCCAUUGUAAGAGCUGUUCUGAGUUCAAGGAUUCAUCUAAAUGGGAACUGUUUGAACCCUCGGAGAUCUCAGAUGAUGCACAUGAGAUGAUGUACAGAAUCACUCUGGAAUCAGGCUGUUAUGAGUGCAGGAGAACCGGUCUUCGUGUUGAAUGUUCUGGUGACGUUCAGCUGGAGUAUCAAACAUGUGACUGGGAUCGUGUUCAUCAUGAACCAGUAAUGAAGGAUUAUUCACCCUGUGGUUCAUUGAUGGAUGUUAAAGUCAUCUCAGGAGAACUGAAGGCUGUCUAUCUACCUCAUUUUCUUUGUUUAGGUGGAUCUAUUGAUGAGGAUAAAGUGAAAGUUCUUCAUGUUGAAGACAAUGGAGUUUCACUGGAGAAAUGUGAGUUAACUCGAUUUCAUGCCAAGCUUCUGGAUAACACAUUUUCUGUAAAAGGUCUUCUGGUGUGGAUGGGCUUUCCUGUGAAUAUUCACUGUCAAACACUGAUCUAUCAGACUGGAAAAACUCAUCUGACACUUCAUGUCUACCUGAUUCCAAAUGAUAAGACAUUGAAAGAGGCCAUUAAUAAAGAAGAGAGUACAAUUAUGUUGAUCAAAAAGCCGAAACCUGUAAAUCCACUUCCGAUGAACACCUGGUUUACAUUUACACCACUGAAGAAAUCUGAGUUUCGUUCUCAAAUCACACCUGAGCGUUUACAGCUCACAUACAGUGACAAUUACUUUGAAGUAUACGUUGAAUCCCCAAAAAAGGACUUCUCUCUCCAGCUAAAGCCACAGAAAAAGGAUGAAGUUGUAUGGGAUGUCAGUAUACGUAAGGGUGAUUACAAGCAGAUCACUUCAACAGUUGAUGGACACACAUCAGCUCGUUUAACUGGUACAGGAUCUGUGUCUGAUAUCCUCCUCGAAUGUCUUGAAGAUCUGAAAUCUAAGGAACUGGAAAAAUUUACAUGGUAUUUGACUAAAGACUCAUUUGAGGGGAAAGACAAAAUUCCCAGAAGCAAACUGGAGGACAAAGAAAUAUGGGAUAUUGUGACAUGUAUGAUUGAACAUUAUCAAGACAAUGGUGCUGUUAAAGUUACUCUGAAGGUUUUGGAAGAGAUGAAUCAAAACCAUCUUGCAGAACAAUUGCAGGAGAAGUAUAGACAGUUUCAGCAGUAACAACAUAAACAAGCGGUGUUCAUGGUAGACACGUAACUUCCGGUUAACUCCGCUACGAAUAAAUAACAACAAAGUACUUUAAACACAGUUCAUUUGUAUAAUAAGCUAAAUAAACAACACGUAGAUUACCUAGAAAACCAAAACAUUUGUUAUUUUCGAUGAGGUAUUUGUUCAAGAGUUCAGUUUAGCAACUAGUCGGACCAUUAACAAACAGAAACCGGAAGUAAAGUUCGGACCAGACACGUUAUCGCGUCACUGCACAUGCGUCCAAUGAAACCGUCUAUAAAGUGUAAAGCUGAAUUUGAAUAACAUGACGAUGAGCACGACUGACGACUUUCAGCAAAGGCCCGAACACAAGCAGCCUACAGGUUUCAAUUCAUUUCAAAUCACAGAGAAAACAGAACUGCAGCACAUAAAACAGACAAGAGCUCAGCAAAUAUGAAGAAAAGAUAAAACACUAAUCAAGAUAAAUAAACAUGGGUGACAAUAAUGAGAAACACAUUCAGGUACUGUAUGUAUUCUAACUGGAUGUAAACAUACAAAAUAAUCAUCUUGUAAAAAUGUAAAGAUUUUUCUUGUGUAUUGGUUAAUGUCAAAUAAGAAUAUCUGAGACCUCUUUCAAAUGUGUGUUUUUAUAUUUACUUUAGUAUGACUUUUAUGUUCGCUAUUAAAUUUGACUGACAUUUUGCUAUCCCUGCUUAUAAAACCAGCUUAAACCAAGCCAAGCUAUUGUUCAGCUAGUUUUGCCGGUUGGCCAAAAUUCUUUUAAAACCGGCUUGCUAAACCAGCAGGAUGACCAGCUAAAAUAAGCUUGUUUUUAUCUGGGGUUUUUUAGAAUUUCUAAUUUUAUGGAAGUUACAUUAACCUACAGUGACAUUGUGAUUCAGACUGUUAAUUUAAUGAUGUAAACAAUAAAAUCUCUUUGAAAUUUA